AUGAUCGCGGCGACCUACAAUUGCGGUUGUCUGAUCCCAAAACAAUCACCGUUGGUCGCUAAACGGACCGAGUCACAAUCACCGUGUUCGCCCUGCUGUUUUGAUUCAUUCCAUUCGAUUGUAUCCGGAGACAAAACACGGGCCGUGAUAUCUCGUGCGUCUCGAGAAAAUUUCCGCAAGCAAUACGCCAGCAGCGAAAGCGACUUGAAGUCGAAGGAGCUCGAUUCAAAGCGAGCUCCAUCCGACAAGAUUACAUCCGCGAUCGUUGGAAAAGGUCAGCCGUACAAAGAGAUCGAAGCUGUCAUUAAUGACAAUCGCGUCAUUAUCAGGACGCACAAAGAGCCCAUCAAAGAGGAAUACGAUCCCCCGUGCGAGUGUAUCGGCCAAGAUACAACUACGAAAGAGUCGGAGUCGAGUUUAAGGAAAUGCGAGGACGGAGUCUCGUUCGAAAUGGCCAACGGAAGUUUGGAACUCUGUCGUACUCCUCGAAAAGACGCGUCCUCGGCGGACAAGAGCUCAUCCGAGAAGGAAGCGGGUUGCCGCACGAUCACGUUGUAUCCUAAGGCGGAUGAGAAUAAAAAACCAAAGAUGGAAAAUCCUAUCGAGCUCGAGGAAAAUCCGAAUAUAUUCGUAUUGAGAAUCAGGAAGUGGUGCGACAACGCCGAUAAGAAACAUAAGAUCGAUUUGGAAUUCCGGGCACCGCGACCUUGGCGAUCACAGAAGAAGAAAGUAACUGUAAAGUAA